AUGUCUUCGGGAAAACGCCCAGCUUCCGGAUCUUUUGGAUCCUCGCAGAUGGUUGUCAAAAGGCAGAAUGUAGGGAAUGAUAGCACAGCUUUAGCUACCACGAACGGUUCAACUGGCAAUGGCGCGCUCAUACAAGCAGUACCUAGGACGAGUGGGUUACAAGCUCCAAUAAUGCAAUUGGAAGGACACUCGGGAGAGAUAUUUGCUGCCAAGUUUGAUCCAAAUGGAAACUAUAUCGCCUCAGGGUCCAUGGAUAGAUCAAUCAAUUUAUGGAGAACAUAUGGAGAUUGCGAAAACUACGGAACUUUGACAGGACAUAAAGGCGCAGUAUUAGAUUUACAAUGGUCUCGCGACUCGAGAGCUUUAUUUUCGGCAUCCGCAGACAUGCAUCUAGCUAGUUGGGAUCUAGAGACCGGUACGAGGAUACGAAGACAUGUUGGACACGAGGAAGUGGUCAAUUGCAUGGAUAUCAGCAAGAGAGGAGAGGAACUUCUCAUAAGCGGAUCAGACGAUGGAUAUAUAGGCAUCUGGGACCCAAGGACAAAGGCUGCUGUCGACUUCAUCCCUACCGAGUUUCCUGUUACAGCUGUGGCCUUAGCCGAAGCUGGAAAUGAGCUGUAUUCUGGUGGAAUCGACAAUGAUAUCAAGGUAUGGGAUAUGAGAAGAAAGGCUGUGGUUUAUUCCAUGCUUGGUCACCAAGAUACUAUUACAUCACUUCGUGUUUCGCCAGAUUCCCAAACACUUUUAUCGAAUUCAAUGGAUUCGACAGUUCGAACGUGGGAUAUAAGACCAUUUGCGCCCACUGAACGACAUGUUCGAACAUUUGAUGGUGCGCCUGCAGGAAUGGAGAAGAAUUUGAUUCAGGCAAGUUGGGAUUCGACUGGAAAGAAAAUUGCAGCUGGUGCUGGAGAUGGAACUGCUGUCGUCUGGGAUAACGAAAAUGGCAAAAUCUUAUAUAAACUACCUGGGCAUAAGGGAUCGGUCAACUGUGCCGAAUUAUCACCUGGCAAAGAUCCUAUAAUUCUUACCGCUUCUUCGGACCGUACAUUACUCUUGGGAGAAUUGAAGUGA